AUGUCCGCGGUCGGAGACGAUAUCCCGCUCAGCGAGGGCGGCCAAUUACUACUAGAGCGUAUCGAGGCGGAUUCGACCGAGCCUCUUUGGGUUCUGUGCUGGGGUGGCACCAAUGUGCUCGCCUCGGUCUUGCUCAAGAUUCAAAAUACCAAGUCGGAAGCAGUUGCGGCAGCACUCCGCUCCAAGCUGCGUGUGUAUACGAUAUCCGACCAGGAUGAUACCGGUGUAUGGAUCCGCCAUCGAUACCCCGAUAUCUUCUACAUUUGCUCGGUUCAUGGAUGGAAUAUGUACGGCAUGGCAGCCUGGUGCGGUAUCUCGGGCGAUGGCUGGUAUGGAUUUGAUAAAGGCGGUCCCGAUCCCAGCAAGAUCAGCAAGGAAUGGAUUCGGGAGAACAUUCAGAUCGGACCUCUUGGUUCCACGUACCCGGACUACAUGUUCAUCCCCGAAGGUGAUACCCCGACCUUCCUGUACCUGAUUCAGAAUGGUCUUGGAGUGCCAGAACGUCCAGAAUGGGGUUCAUGGGGAGGUCGUUACAUUGCAACGGACAUCAGCGCCAAAGGUCUCCGCAAUGGACACUACAGUGACACCGUCGAUGAAGCAGUUGGACUAGACGGAAAGACGCACAAGUCCAAUCAUGCGACGAUCUGGCGCUGGCGUGAUGCUUUCCAAAACGACUUUGCGGCGCGCAUGCAGUGGACACUCUCACCUGAGUUGAGCAAGGCCAAUCACCCACCCGUCAUCAUCCUCAACGGCAGCAAAGGAUUAGAGCCCUUACAUUUCGAGUUGGAGGCGGGUUCGACAUUCGAGCUCGACGCUUCCGAGACAUAUGACCCGGACACCAACGAUUCACUUACGUUCACAUGGUACCAGUACAAAGACCCGAGCGCGACGCAGUGGUCUGUCCACCACGAAGUGGGACAGCUGCAGUUUGAACCCCUCAACUCCACUGGUAGCAAGGUCGAAGUGACUGUGCCGCCGCCUGAGAAGUGUUGUCUUGAGCUUAUCAGUCGCGAAGCGCUCCCUCGAGGCCAGUUGCUGCACAUCGUUUUGGAGGUGAAAGACAACGGAACACCGCCAUUGACUAGCUACCGACGAGUCACUGUCCAGACUUUGAACGAGAAGCUGCUUGGCGGUGGCGGUGGUGCCGAGGCCAUUGGCGACGUUAUGAGAGACAUGAUGAUACACGGCUACUCACCUAUAUGUGUGGCUGUAACGGCGGUACCUUGUGACUCAAAUUGGGACGCUGGAUACCCAAAUUCUUCCUCUUUAUUCCAUGCGGUCUCUGUCUGGUUGGUAGGUCGCCCCCGAUAG